GCACGGUUUAUAUCAAUGUCUCGAAGAAUACAUAAAAAUAAUCUAUUAAAGCUGUGUCCCAAGAUUGUUCGUCUAUCAAGCUUAAUGUUGACAAGGACGACAAUUGAAGGCUGUUCGUCCCAGCCUAUCAGGAAGAGCACCGUCCAUUGAAGUAACCAGGAAGUGUCCCACCAAGGUAGUCGUUGCUACGAGUGACUCCUGUUAUGAAACGGCUGUGCACCACCCUUGGUAAAGCGACAGGCUUCCUUGCUGUCCUGAUUGUCGUCAUUGCUGUCGUUUUGGAGUAUUUCGACGAUCCAGAGCCGGUUAAAUACACCAGCAUGGCUGAGGACAUGAAGACUCUGGAGGAAAGCUUCAAACAGCAGAAUAAAAGCUGCUUUGUCCUUGGUGCCUCAGGGGAAACAGGAAAAGUACUGGUUCAAGAGCUGCUGGAGCGAAACAUCUUCUCCAAGAUCACUCUCAUCGGAAGGAGAAAGCUCGACUUUGAGGGCAAAGCAAAUGAAAACCUGGUACAAGAGGUGGUGGACUUUGAGAAGCUUGAUGAUUAUGCAGCUGCUUUCCAGGGCCAUGAUGUUGGCUACUGCUGCUUGGGGACAACCAGGGCUAAAGCUGGGGCUGACGGAUUUGUCCGUGUGGAUCAUGACUACGUUCUGAAAUCAGCAGAACUUGCAAAGGCAGGAGGCUGCUCACAGUUCCACCUCCAGUCCUCCAGAGGGGCUGACAAAAAGAGCAGCUUCCUCUACCUUAAAGUCAAGGGACAAGUGGAAGCAGAAAUAGAGGCACUAGAUUUUGACAGAUACGCUGUUUAUCGACCAGGCGUUUUGUUGGUUGACCGGCAGGAGAGUCGGCCCACAGAGUGGCUGGCCAGGAAGUUCCUCAGUGGCCUCACCUCUGUGUGCUCUACAUCCAUGGCCAUCCCGAUCGAAGUAGUGGCUAAAGCGAUGGUGUCCAACACUCUGCUUCAACCCGAACAGAAGGCGGAGAUCCUUGAGCACAAAGCCAUCGUUGCUGUAGGGAAGACUGCAGGGAAAUAAGAGAGAGAGCAGUGAAAAACAGUACCCAGUCACACCAAAAUUUCAUCCCAACUUAGGCUAGACCUGUACUGUACUCCUUCACACCAAGUCUAAUGAGUAACAGACGUCCAAAUAUUGAGAUAGUCCAUCAUUUUUGCAACUGUCAGAAAAUCAAAGGGUAUUUUUUAGAAGGGACACAUGUUUUUGGGGGUCUACCAGAGUCCUCAGGGAAGAAAGCUGUCAAAUUUGCUUGGUUUUCAUUCUGUGCUCAAGUUUUAUUUAUUUGGUUUUGAAAAGGACCGCCAUAUUUUCAUCAGGGAACUGUCACCACACUUUUUAAUAUUAGUCAAUAUUAGUCAUGCUUUAAAACAUUGCACCAAACUGCCUUAAAAUAAUACUUACCAAGUUUUGAAUGUUUAUAUUUUUCAUUUCAUAUCAUAAAUAUUAAACUCUGCUUGAUUGAGAAGAAUUAUUUUGUUAUAUUGUCAAUAUUAAUGUCAUCAUGUGUCCACAUGAGUUAUAGUUUAUCUGUGCAAUGUUUUCAACUACAUGUAAAACUAUAGACAAAAUGGUGCUAAGAGACUGCAUGUUGUGAGAAAUUCCUAGUUUUGUGAAGUUUAAAUUGCACUGUAUCUGCAGUAUAAAGAAACAAUGCCAGAAAUACAUUAGAAGAUAAAAGUGACUCUAAUGUAUUAGAUGUGUAAGAAAGAGCAUUUACAGAUAAAAAUGUUGAUGUAAUUUUUUGUCUACAUGUUUCCAAAGCUAAAUAUUAGACUUAGAAAUUGCUGUACCACUAAUUUGAUUUAAAACAUCUGGAUUAAAUACAAACUGGUAAUUUA